AUGAUCUCAGCCGUCUCCAGCCCGUGGCUCACGCAGCUCUCCCACUUUUGCGAUGUUGCAGCUUUCACCGCCAACAGCCUGAGCAGCUUCAACUCGGCCGCGGCCGCCGCGGCGGGCUACCCCCACCUCCCGCCCUCCCCGGCUGGAGAGACCUACGGCCAGCAUGAGCCGCCGCCGCCGCACUACGAGCCCUGCUCGGCCCAGCCGCCGCCUCACCACCCGCCGGCCCAGCAGCAGCAGCACCAGCACCACCAGCCACCCCACCACCACCACGGAGGAGGGGGAGGAGGAGGAGGAAGCAGCGGAUCGGGGUCCGGCUCCGGAGGAUCGGGCCCGGCUUCAACCAAGGCUCCGGUCAAGAAGAACCCCAAGGUGGCCAACGUCAGCGUCCAGUUGGAGAUGAAAGCGCUCUGGGACGAAUUCAACCAACUGGGCACCGAGAUGAUCGUCACCAAGGCCGGCAGGAGGAUGUUCCCCACCUUCCAGGUGAAAAUUUUCGGGAUGGAUCCCAUGGCAGACUACAUGCUCCUGAUGGACUUUGUCCCGGUGGACGACAAACGUUAUCGGUAUGCAUUUCACAGUUCUUCCUGGCUGGUGGCGGGCAAAGCCGAUCCUGCCACGCCUGGGAGGGUGCACUAUCACCCGGAUUCGCCAGCGAGGGGCGCUCAGUGGAUGAAGCAAAUUGUGUCCUUUGACAAAUUGAAGCUGACCAACAAUUUACUGGAUGACAACGGGCAUAUCAUUUUGAACUCCAUGCACAGAUACCAGCCCCGUUUCCACGUGGUCUACGUGGACCCGCGGAAAGACAGCGAGAAGUACGCCGAGGAGAACUUUAAGACCUUUGUCUUUGAGGAGACCCGAUUCACUGCCGUCACGGCCUACCAAAACCAUCGGAUCACCCAGCUUAAGAUUGCCAGCAAUCCAUUUGCAAAAGGAUUCCGGGAUUGCGAUCCUGAAGAUUGGCCUAGGAAUCACCGACCAGGAGCCCUGCCUCUCAUGAGCGCCUUCGCGAGGUCGAGAAAUCCUGUGUCUUCCCCAGUGCAUCAAAAUGGAACGGACAAAGAUAUACUGGACAGUCGACGGGAAUAUGAACGGGAAUCGGCUAGUGGGACACCACUCCACGCUGAUCCAACUCAUCAGCAGCUCAUGUCUCGGGUGUUAAGUCCAGCACUCCCGGUUCCCGGUGGAGGCGGCUUGGUUCCACUUCCUAGUCCAGCUGGAAGCCGGCCUAGUCCCCCCCAUCACGAGUUGCGGCUGGAACCCCCUGCUUCCGAGCCUCUCCAUCACCACCCCUACAAGCAUCCGGUCUCAGCUUACGACCAUUAUCUAGGAGCCAAGAGCCGGCCAGCCCCCUAUCCCUUGCCCACUAUCCGGGGACACAGUUACCACCAUCACCACCACCAUCACAUGAAUCCAGCUGCUGCUGCUGCUGCGGCUGCGGCCGCCGCUGCCGCCAACAUGUAUUCCUCUGCUGGCGCUCCCACAAGCUACGACUACGGACCGAGAUAACAUCUCCG